GUAUGGGGAAUAUCAUCAUUCACAUGCAGAAUUUACUUUGCUCCCAAACAUCUCAACAUGUGCUACCACUAACCAUCAUGUCAUGGUGUUAUUCUAUGGUACCUGGCGACCAAGAAAUAUGAUAUGUUCAGCUGCCCACUUUGCCACAAGCAAUGUAAAACACUACUUUUGUUGAAAUCCAUGGGUGUACUCUGCAAUGGGUGAUUGUUCCGUUUUGCAUCCUACAUCCAGAUCUGAGAUCAUCGAUCGUUGCUUCCAGAAAAGACCAACUUCACUAGCGGAGCAAAACGGUGCGGCCGGAUGUUUCCACCCCUUGACCACUGUCGCCGUCGCCGAAAACUUCUCCGCCUCUUUCACCGUCUCCUUCUCCCGGCUCGAAUUCGAACACAAUUCAACCGCUGCCGUCAAAUCGCUCGAAACAGGCGAUGUGAUCAAUGGCGAUAGAAGCGGUAUUGCCACAUUCCAAUCCGUGGUGGGGUUAAUCUGGAUCGACGCUGGUGCUUUCCUCUGCAACCGGCCAGGCUGCCGCCGCCGGUCAUCUUGUGAUUUUUCCGUAUUCUCCACUAUCUUAAAAGGGCCAUCCAAGGCUUUGGCCAGGUCAUGGCUAUGUGCCAACAGAGUGGGGAUGUCUUUCCUCCCUGGUAUGUUCCCGUUCGCUCUUCCAGGCGCGGGAACCAUGCCCCUACAAGCUCCAAUGGCGGUGUCUCCCUUCCAGACGCCGAUGCCGCAACCAUCGCCUUUCCAGCCGCAGCUGGUCAGCGCUGUGACCCCUGUCAACUUGAGUGGUGCGCUUAACGCUGCAGGGCUGUCGCGUCCCCCGCAAGGGACGAAUCCACAAAUCACUCCUGAUGGUCACUGCGUCUCGGUUGAGAGCGGGGACGGCGAGUGGGACAUUCCGAGGGCCCACAAGAAGAAGAACGGAAAAACUAUCCGCCCAGCAACUUCCCGAAAUUCUGCCUUCGAAAGGCUAGGGGACAAGGAAGAGGGCCAGAGAAAGUCAGCCAAGCUAAGGCUGGGGCAAAGCGUUGCCCAUGUCAGCGCUUUCGCCCGGUUAGGCGAGAUGAGGGAGGCCGAGCCUGCCCGCACCCAACGCUCCCGGUCAAACCGGCAGGAGCCAGCCAGGACGAGGGCCUCUCGCCAGGAGGAAGAGGCAGAAAGCCAACCCAGGGUACCGGUGGCUAACCGGUUAACCACCUCCAAUGAUCGCGUCCAACAGAUGGAGGCAAAGCAGGAGAGGCUGGAGAAGAAGGUGGGGGAGAAGAAUGACCGGGACAAACCCCUCGCAGGGUCCCCGUUCACUACAAGGGUCCAUCUGACACCUUUCCCACGAAAGGACAAGAUAGACGCCCCAAGGUUUACCGGUAAGGAGGAUCCAGAAAUUCACCUGGACUCCUUCAAUCAGAGUGCAACCAUGAACGGUUGCACAGAUGAAGAAAAGUGCCUCCUUUUCUUCCAGACCUUGCGGAAUCGAGCCACCGAGUGGUUCAACAAGCUUCGCCCGGGAAGCAUUGACUCAUUCAGCGACUUGGCCUUGAAGUUCAAGGCCAAGUUCCAGGAGAACUGUACCAAGAGGAAGAAAUUCACCUAUCUUAGUACAGCCGGGCAGAGGGAAUCUGAGAACCUCACCCAAUUCCUUACCCGGUGGAAGGAGGAGGUAGACAAGGUUGAGGAGAUGGAUGACAAGACAGUGUUGUCCCUCCUCCAGAAUGGUUUGCCAGCGGGGGAACUUUACAAGGAGUUCUGCCGGAAACCCCCGUCCACGUAUCAGGAAGCGUACCAUACUGCAUGGGAGUUCGCCGAGGCAGAAACUCAACUCCGGGCGAAGAAAGAAGCCGGGCAUGGUUACAAGCCCAAGCCGGUCGGGGAACUAGGCAAGGAUUAUCUGCAGAAGGCCCAAGAAAAGAACCACCAGUGGGUUAGGCCAGCAACCCAGGAGAACGACCGGGACAAGGACCGGCGGAGGAAUAACCGGCAGAGGGAGCAGCAGCCGGCCCCUGACAAGGAACAUAUUGGAAUGAUCUUCGGCGGGCCCGAAGGAGGAGAUUCAGCCGCGCAGCGAAAAAACUGGGUUCGCAGCAUUUACGUUGGUGAGGUAAGUGCCGAACCGGCCAGGCGUAAGUGUCCUAGGAGGGAGCCAAUAGUCUUCACUGACCGGGAUCUCCCUCCUACCGGUGAAGAUCACAGUGAUCCAUUGGUCAUCACCAUGGACAUCAAUGGGGUGGACGUUGCCCGGGUACUUGUUGACACCGGCAGCAGUGUCAACAUCCUCUACCUGGAGACCUUCCAGAAACUCAGGUUGUGUCGAACACAACUUGAACCCCUCAAAACCCCUCUCUCAGGCUUCAUGGGAGAUACGGUGGAAGCUGAAGGGUCCAUAGUUCUACCGGUCGAACUAGGAUCGGGCGAAAAGACCGUGUGGAAGAGAAUGCGGUUCAUUGUUGUGGACAUCAAAUGCGUCCACAACGCAAUCCUUGGAAGGCCUGGCAUCAACAAGGUCGGGGCAGUAAUUUCCAUGCCACACCUAUGCAUGAAGUUCCACACUCCAGGCGGUGUGGGUGAAGUGAAGGGUGACCAAAGGAACGCCAGGGAGUGCUAUGCCCGGGCAGUUAAGAAGAUGACCAAGGGAGUCAAUGUGAUCUCCCAAGAGAUCACCAAGGGAGAAACCCGGGAGAAACUGGAGCCAGAGGCUGAGACCGUGGAGAUCGAACUCCACCCGGGUGACUCUUCAAGGACGGUCAGAAUUGGAGCAAACCUCCCAGAAGACCUCAAGGCGGAGAUUACACGGGUCCUCCAAGAAUACGCUGGCAUAUUCGCAUGGAGCGUGGCGGAUAUGCCCGGAAUUGACCGCUUAAUCAUCUGUCACCGGUUGGCCGUGAGGGAGGGAAGUCGACCGGUACGCCAGAAGAAGAGGUAUCUGGCUAGUGACCGGCGGGACUUCGUCAAGAAGGAGGUGACCGGUAACAUGGAAGCCAGGGAAGGUCGAAUGGCGCAGUACAAGGACUUGGUGCUUGCCUUGUUGAAAGGCUUUGAGGAAUUCAAGAUCGCUCAAAUCCCCCGGGCAGAAAAUGCAGAUGCAGACCUUCUCUCUAAAUUGACGCAGUACGCUCCCGAGCAUGUUUCAAAACUUGCCCGGGUAGAGAUCCUGGACCAUGCCAGCAUCGAAAAAUUGGAAGUAGCCGCCAUAACAGGAUCGGGCCAAUGUGACCGGUCAAACCUGGUCGGGGCGGAUGACCACUGGAUGUAUGAUCUGAUGGAAUAUCUGAUGAACGGGACCUUGCCAGAGCAAGAAGACCGGGCACGAAAAGUGAAACUCAGAGCACCCCGGUUCCAAGUCCUUGAUGGAAAGCUGUACAAAAGGGCGUUCGGAGGACCCCUCCUGAGGUGCCUAACCAACCGGGAGGCUGAACGGGUCAUAGCAGAAGUCCAUGAAGGUGUAUGCGCGGCGCAUCAGAUGUCCCGCACUCUUUCCCAGCGCAUCAUCUUGUUGGGGUAUUACUGGCCAACAAUUGUUCAGGAUUGCGAGAGGUACGUCCAGAAGUGCAGAACGUGCCAAGUGUUCUACAAGUACCCCGCGAGGCUGCCCAUCGAAGCUGAAUUCCCAACUUUCCGGGAAUCAAAUUAUCAACCCCAACAAAAUGAAGAAGAUCAUCUUGCCGAACUCAACCUGGUCGAAGAACGGAGAAUGGCCGCGGAAGUUAAAAUGAGCACAUAUCAACAAGUCGUGAAGAAAUACCAUGACAACAAGGUUGGACCGCGAUACUUUCAAGUCGGCGAUGAAGUCCUGCGAAGAAGGGAGGCUAGUAGACCGGGAGACGGAGGAAAACUGGCAAAAAACUGGGAAGGACCCUACCGAGUGAGAGCUAUCAUUCGCCCGGGAACCUACCGGUUAGAAACUCUUGAUGUUGUACCGGUAGAAAGAACCUGGAGUUCCCAUCAUCUUCGCAAGUUCUACAAAUGAUUGUAAUACUAGAUAAGGCCUACUUUAUUAUCAAUCAAACCGAUGACAUUCAAUACUCUACAUGGUAGCAGCAGAAUUGAUAGGUCGAACCUAUCCUAGGAGGGCUUCCCGGGUGGAUCGGAUCCACUCGGAUAAGCCAACUGAGACACAGGCCCGGACCUGGCACGCUGGUUACUACACCGGUCUUGCUCAGUAUAAUAGAAAAAAUUUAAAACCCGGAA